AUGUUUUUAGUGGUGAUCUAUGGACUCGUGCUAGCCUUGCCCCUUCUAUUUCUCGUACAACGACGCGCCUUAUCGCCAUCGCAGCGGUCUCCACCAGUAAACUCGCAACCAGAAGAGAAGAAGUCCCUAAAGACCAUCAUGCAACCACCUAGAGACGACCUCGACCCCCCGAAGGAUGACCCCUUCACCCUUGAUCAACUCAAGCAGUUCGACGGCUCCGACAAUUCGAAGCCGAUCUACGUGUCUGUUAAGGGCACUGUCUUUGACGUCACACGUAAAAGCGACGUGUACGGUCCCGGAAAAUCAUACAACAUCUUUGCCGGGAAGGACGGCUCAAAGGGACUCGGAAUGUCCAGUUUGAAGCCAGAGGACGCUGUACCAGACUACAGUGACCUACCGGAGAACGAGAAGAACGUCCUCAAUGACUGGUUCUUAUUUUUCCAGAAACGCUACAACAUUGUCGGACGUGUUACAGAUAUGCCUACUUCAGUUUCUAAUCUCGCUAAUCUAUAA